AUGCUCAAUGCAGAAUUGAUACAAUUGCUUCUGACGAAUCAAGCAGCUGCAAAUGCAAAUUUAAAUUUGCUGAAUCCAGUUAAUCCAUUGCUAGGAGUCAAUCCUUUGAUUGGAUCUUUCCCAUUCACAACGACAACUCCUGCUACAUUCCAAUGUCUCCCACCACUACCAAAUAUUGGUCCGAUUCCUCCAAUUCCAUCUACUCCUCUGAUUCCAACUCCUCUUCCAAUUCUUACGUAUCCUCCCCAAGCAAUCAAAGAAGAAGAACCAACCAUAAAAACAGAACAACCAGAUCCUACUCCACUAGAACCUGAAAUUCCAUUUGAGAUGGGAUCGAUACCCAUAUCGACCUACUAUCCAACCCAUUUCAUGUGUGGCACACAACUACGAAUGGUUAAUGGGGAAAUUAAAAAAGUGGAAAAUUUAUCAUCAGAUGAUUUUCUCAAAUGUGCAGGCGAGCCUGACGGUGAUAUUGUAAAUGCUUCAACUGUGAAGUCGAUCAGAUUCAAUGCUGGAAGUGUUAGCAUUGUUUUCGAGACUGGAAGUGAACGAUUAAAGAUUCCUCUGAAGUGCCAAAUCGAGCAGCCAUUCUUCGUUCUUGGAAAAGGGUGGUGCAGUUGUAAUCCAAGGAAAAGCGGAGAAAACUAUGGUUUAGAUUGUGAAACUCUGAUGACUGGAGAUGUUUGCAUUGUGUUGACGAAGGAAGAAGACGAAACAACAGAAUGUGCUGUGGAUAUUGUAACCGCAGAACGGGAUUUAGAGCUUUUCAACCAACGAGCGGCAUUACGAGAGAAACUCGUAGAUGUUUACUAUGAGCAUGUUUCUGGACGUGUAUCAGCUCCUCCAGAAGGAAUUUGGGCUCAUGCGUCCGUUUCCUCAAGACUACGACGAAUCUCUGAAUGCUAG